AUGUUGUUGAGAAAUCUGGGACUCAGAAGAGUUAAUCCCUUCAUCAACACAGCUAAAAGAUUAGGUGCCAUCCCCAAACCAUCAAUUAAUUUGAACAGAUCUUAUGCUACAGAUGACACAAUUCAAAAGAGAGAUAUUGAAGCUGGUGAAUCAGUAGAUGCUAAUGAAACAGGUGUUAUAGAAAAAGAUGACCAAGAAACCAUGCUUUAUUUCGAUCAUGUGUUACCAUUCCGUUCUAGUAUAUGGGACAUUAGACAAUGGUUAUCUUAUUUGAUUGUCUCGGAUAAAAGACCUGAAGCUAUCAAAGAACAUGUCUUAGCAUUGGCCAAUCCUAAGAGAGAAGGUGAUACUGUAUCAAUCCCAGGGUUGGAAGUCACAAAACUUGUUCCAAUCAAAAGAGAUGGUGGUGCUUUUGUUAAAUUUAAAGUACCUGAUGGAUUCACUGUAUCUGAGUUAAAUGCUAAAAUUCAAAAAAACACAAUUGAAGAAAGUAAUAACGGUGUUUUAAACAUCAUUUCACAAUCUGCCGCAUUCCCAGUUAAAGGUGUACCAUGGAUUGAAGAUCUUAGACGUUAUCCUAAUAGAACAAUUAAAGUUAAGUUCAGUGGUCCUGCAUUAUCCGAAGAAGAAUUAUAUUCAUUAUUUAGAAGAUAUGGGACAAUUGUUGAUAUAAAACCUGCCACUGAAGAAGAUAAAAAGGCAACUGUCAUUUUCAGAUCUUUUAGAGGUGCUAUCUGUUCGAAAAAUUGUAUUACAGGUAUGAAGAUUGAUGAUACUACAUUACAUAUUCAAUAUGAAAGAUAUAAUAGUAAGAAUGUUAUUUUAGAUUGGAUAAUGAAUCAUACAAGAAUUGCAAUUCCUUUGUUUUUAGCUUUAUUCGCUGGUUUGGCCGUUGUUAUCUUUGAUCCAAUUAGAGAAUUUAGUAUUGAGAAUAAAAUCACACAUAAUUUUAUCUUUAAUAAGAAAAAUUCAGUCAUUAGAUUUGUUAAUGAUUUAACAAGCUCAACAAUUAGUUCGUUCCAAAAAUUUAUUGGUCAAGAUGCUAAAGGUGGAGCAAGACGUGGUCUUUGGUCAGAAAGAUUAGAUUUGGUUAAGGAAUUGAAACUUUGGAUUGAAGAAAAUGUGAAUACUUUUAUAAUUGUUCGUGGUCCAAGAGGUACUGGUAAACAUGAAUUAGUUAUGCAACAUGCCUUACAUGGUCGUGAUAACAUCUUGUAUAUUGAUUGUGAUAAAUUAGUUAAAUCAAGAAGUGAUUCUCAAUUCAUUUCAAAUGCAGCCCAUGAAGUUGGUUAUUUCCCAGUUUUCCCUUGGUUGAAUUCAUUUUCAAAUAUUAUUGAUUUAGGUGUCCAAGGUUUAACAGGACAAAAAUCUGGUUUCUCGGAAUCUAAAGAUACUCAAUUUAGAAAUAUUUUAUCAAGUGUUAUGAUUGCUAUAAGAAAAAUUUCAUUAACUGGAUAUAAAGCAGUUGUUGGAUCUGGUGAAAAUUCAACACCUGUUAAGGAAGAAGAUUUCCUACAACAACAUCCGGAAAAGAAACCAGUGAUUAUCAUUGAUAGAUUUUCCACUACAAAUAGAUCAGAAUCAAAUGCUUUUGUUUAUAAAGAACUUGCUGAUUGGACUGCAAUGUUAAUUUCAAUGAAUUUGGCACAUGUUGUAUUCUUAACUGAAGAUGUUGGAACUUCACAAUUUUUAUCAGAAUCAUUACCAGAUCAAGUCUUCAAGAGUAUUGCACUUUCUGAUGCAUCUCAUGAAUCUGCAAAAUCAUAUGUUAUUGAUCAAUUACACGAGGACAAUACAUUAACUGAUGAUGAAAGUGGAUCAGAGGAUGAAAAAAAACCAGAUUUGUCACAAAAUCCAAGUGUUGUUAAAGAUUUAGAUGAAGCUUUAGGACCAAUCGGUGGUAGAAUGCUAGAUUUACAAGCAUUUGUAAGACGUGCCAAAUCAGGGGAAACUCCAUUAGAAGCUUUGAAUAGAAUGGUUACUCAAACAGCUGAACAAAUUACACAAAUUUUCCUUUCAAGAGAUGCUGGUAUGAAGAAUGCAAGAGCUUGGGAAUUAAUGAAAUUAUUAGCAGAUCAUGAAACUUUAGAAUAUAAACAAUUAGUUUAUAAUCCAUUAUUCAAAUCAAAUCCAGAAGCUGCAUUGAUUGAAUUGGAACGUAAUGGAUUAAUCACAGUCAGUAGAGACCGUGGUAUAAUGAGAACAAUUGGACCAGCAAAACCAAUUUUCAGAGCUGCUUUCCAAAAUUUAGUUAAAGAUGAAUCAUUAUCUAAAGUUCUUGAAACUUCUUAUUUAUUGAAAAUCAUUUCAUCAGAAACUGAAAAAAUUCAAAAAUUUGAAGAUGAAGUUCAAAAAUUAUCUUAUUUUGCUACAGAUAGAGCUUUUAGAGGAAGAUUGUCUUACUUAGCUGAUAAGAUUGAUGCAUCAAAUCAAAACAUUCUUAACGCAGAAGAAAGUAUAAAGAAGUUUUCAAAGUGA